GACCUGAUCUGCGGGUCUCUAUCCUUCUCCUCCAUCCCUCUCUCUUUCCCUGCCCUCUUCUCUCUCUCUUUCAGACCACUCUGUCACCUUUGACCCAGCUGCCCCCUCAUCUCGGCUUCCAAUUUUUCAUCCUUUUCAAGGAGCCAGCUGAUUGAUCGCAGAAUUAAAAAGCGGGCUCCGUAAUGUGCUGUCUUCCUCUCCUCUCUCCUUUAUUAGAUGCUAAUCCCUCAAACUUGGCACUGGUACCCCUUGGCACUAAUGAAGUUGUGUGUAUGUGGGUUUUUUUGUUUUUUUUUAAUCAGCUGCUGCUCCACUUCUCUGCUGAUUCCUAUCCCCCAGGGACUGUGUCGCACUGGAGGGUGCCGAAGCUCUUCACUGCCUGCUCAUUUAUCACCCUGCUUAUGCCACCUCUCCAGUCAGCCCAGCCGGUGUACAGAGAUUCUUCCUACUGAGCAGCAACUGAGCAGCGUUUUUUACAAGGUGCAGGGUGAACUCCUGGGAGUUGCUCUUUGAAUCUAUCUCUCUGCUGAAGAUCCUUGCAUCUUGUCUAUUAGCACCAGCUAAAUUUCUUUUCCUUUCUUUCUUCCUUUCUUUUUUUAAGAGGAUAGACCUUCAUUCCUCUGUUGGUGUGAUGGUCCAGGAGCAAUUUGGUCAAAUGUUCCAGGAUUAGUCUCCAUCUAUCAACCGAGGGAUCUUGAAUCACACCCAUGAUACUUGUGUUUGAGAUCACUUCUUGAGCAACCUUCUUUUGGAUCUGUUAAAGAAGGGGAAUCGACAUUUCCUGGAUUUUGAACAUCCAAUAUUUUCUUCAAAUGGGGAUUUUUGUGGCUGAUAUAGUUUAAGUGGCAUUGUGAGCUGUUGUUAAUGGGCGAUAUUUUGGACUCUUCGCAAUCCAGUCUUUCGGCUCCCCCAAGCCAUAAAGAGCCUGAUCCACUUGGUUCAAAUUGCUUCUUUUUUGGGUUGUGAACUGCUGGACCAUUCUGACAAGGGUGCCACUCCUUCAGAUACAGAUUUCCUCUCUUCCUGUAUUUGUUUCCAUUAUUCUUCAGCACGAACACUGGAUUUUUGACAUUCCUUCUGGGCAACAGUUUGAACUGGCAGAACUCCAAAGAUUUGACACAGCCCGCUGCAUGCUUGUGGCUUGUAAUUGUGAUGAAUAAUUAAAAGAAGAAGAAGAGUUUGUGGGAGAGAACUGUAAAGGAGCUGCCAUGGAUUUCAGAAAGACAAUUUCUUCUUUCAGGAGAGGAAGAGGACUGAGAAAUAAUUCUUAAAGCAGGAUCAACAAGGCAUCUUGUGAGGCGUUUCGUCCCAAGGAGAGGCAGCGUUGUGGGUGCAGCGGCUAAGCAAGUCACUUGCUUUGGAUAGGCUGCACUCAAAGAUCCAGUUCUAAACAGAUUUAACGAGCCUGAUGGACCCAACAGAGCUGCUGGGAAGCAAACUAGGGGAGAUUUAAGAAAGUGGGGGGAGGCGUUUGAAAUAAUUAGGAAUUCCUAGAAUUCUAGGUUUGGCUUUUCCACUCUAAGGCACAAUAAACUGUGGAGUGCCUAGGAAGCUAAAUCUUAUGAGUUGGGGUUUUUUUGGAGUCUUGGGUUCCUCCCAAAACUGGGGCCACCUUAAUGUUUUGCCUAGUUCCCAUGCUGUUGCUCUAGAGAGAGAAAAGGAAAAUGCGAUGGGAGAUUCAUUGACAUGGCUAGUUGUUCACCUUAAAGAGUAUUAGCUUCUGAUCAGGGGUCUCCAAGAUAGCAUUUUAGAGUUAGGUAAGGCCUCUGGAAGUUUCUAGGUCUUUUUGUAAUAGCCGAAGAUAAAUUUUAGUAUGUAAAUUUAGUAGUAUGGAAUGUAAGACAGUGCCACCAUCCAGUAAGCUGAUCUCUGCAGCCUAAGAGGGAGAUUUUUUUCACUCCCUGAACCUAUAUCAACCCCUUCAUAACUAUAUGGGUGGCAGAUGGUAAUGAUGGAAGGUUGGAAAAAGAUGUCCAUAAUUGAGAAAGCUUCCUUAGCUCUUCAAAAGAGGCUUUGCUAGUUACAGAAAAGAGAUGAAAAGCAUCCUAAAUGAUGUGUGGAUUCUGUGGCAUGCCAAAGGACUUUUAGCAUUUGCUUUAAAUUCAUUGAUGGUCUUUCAACGUUAGGAAGGGUUUAGGAUUGUCUCUGCUUUUUAUUCAGAUUGAAAGGUUUUGUUCUUAUUAACAGGGGAGUAAAAAGGAAGAAAAGGCUAGUCAAAAGGAAGAUUUUUUUUUAAAAAAAGAUCUUUUUAAAAUAUUCAGCACAAGCCAUUUAUCUUGCUGAUAAUAUCCACAAACCUUGAGUCAUAACACAGAGAAGCUUUAUCAGACUUUUUUGAGGGCCGAGCGCAGAAUUUUGUCACCUUCCAUUUAUAACCCAUUUUUCCCCAUUACCUUUCCCAUCUUUUUUACCACAAACACAUACACACCCUGAAAUCUAUUAAGGCGUGAAGGAUUAGCUGCAUGGUAUCUUUUGCUCAGUCACAUGAGGAGCUGUCAUCAGGGAGCAUCUAGGAUUGAUGGCACCCAUCUAUUUGUUCAUUCAAUCUCAUUGGCACACAUCCUUUGGAAUGGCGAUUGCUUGGUUGGACACAGCCCAUUCUUUGCUUAUAAAGAUGAGGGAAUGAUGAAAAUUGGAGAAGCAAUUUGCCACCGGAUUCUUGUGCAGAAUUAUUCACUAAAUCCAGAAGACGUCUGAUCGAUCCACCACUUAGAGCGACAUUGAACAAUUGGGUUUGAUCUCAAGGACCAACCCUUGUCUCUUCCUGUAGCUCUGGGGAAACUAUAAUGAUGAUUCAAUUAAGCCGAAGAGUUCGCUCAAUGCUUUCUUUGGGCCUCAACUGUCUUGCCCUCUGCUUUUCUGUGUCGGCUUUCAGCACCAGCUAUUGGUGUGAAGGGACCCACAAAGUGGUGAAAUCACCCUGCCUUUCAGUGGUCAAGAAAGGGGACUGCGCACCCAACAACAGCAAUGGGACCAUGGAUACAAAUGAGACGGUGGAUCCCCACAAAGUCCAGUACAUUUGGGAGACGGGUGAAGACAAGUAUGCUUUUCAGUAUUUCCACACGGGUUUCUGGCUGUCGUGUGAAGAACAUCAUGGAGAGGAGAAGUGUCGGAGUUUCAUUGAGCUGCCUCCAGAGUCAGAACAAGGAGUGCUGUGGCUGUCUGUCGCUUCCGAAUUUCUUUAUAUCAUCCUAUUGAGUAUUGGAUUCUUGCUCAUGUGUUUAGAUGCUAUCUACUAUGCCAACUUCAUUGAUGGCCUCAAGAUCAACGCUUUCGCAGCUGUGAUCACUGUUUUGUCAGGUCUCCUGGGCAUGGUGGCCCAUAUGAUGUACAUGACUGUCUUUCAGGUAGCUGUAAACCUGGGGCCAAAAGAUUGGAGGCCCCAGACAUGGUAUUAUGGAUGGUCCUUUGGCUUGGCCUGGCUCUCUUUCACUCUCUGCAUGUCAGCCUCGGUGCUGACCCUCAACACUUACACCAAGACUAUUCUGGAGUUCAAGUACCGUCGGCAGAUUUUUGAGAAAUACACCGCGUCAACGGGGAGCAUUCGGGGUUCCAACUCACCAACGCUGGAUCCUGACCUGGAGCGUUUCCUAUGGGAGAAAUACAUCUUCAGUGUCAGUGAAUCCCUAGACUUCUCUGCAAGCCCACCCGGCCGCUUAGCUCUCAGUGGGGGCCGAAAGGAGUGUUCAGGAGGAUAUUCUGGCCUUCCAAGGAGUCACACUGGAGAUACCAAGGAUGAGGAUGAUGGGGAACCUUGCUGAGGAGAGGAGAUUGUGUAGAAAAAGAGACCCUUGUCCACCAUUUCUCUUCUCCCUCUCACAUUCACUCCCUCACGCAUCUAGGUUUAAUGAUGUUUCUUCUCUCCCCUGUUGAACCUCUCAGUAACUUUCAUAGCUGAUCAUUGAGGACCUAUUUUAAAGAAGGUUUUUACCCUAUGUUUCUAUCAUAUAUAGUACAGCUCAAGGUGGCAAACAUAACAAUAUUCUUUACUAUUUCCCCCAGAAGGACAACCGUGUGGGGUAAGUUGGCCGAGAAAGAGACUGGCCCAAAAUCAUCCAGCUGGUUUUACAUGUUUAAGACGGGAUUAGAACUCAUCUGGUGAUUGGCCCAAAAUCAUCCACACUGUGUUCAUGCCUAAAGCGGGACUAGAACUCACUGUCGCCUAGUGAUUGACCCAAAGUCACCCAGACGACAUUCAUGCCAAAGUGGGACUAGAAUUCACCAUCUCCUGGUGAUUGGGCUAAAAUUGCUCAGCUGGCUUUCAUGGGUAAACAUGCAUGGGUUUAGAACUCACAAUUUUCUUGAGUUCUGCAGAUUGCCAGAUCCAGGGAUCUAACCUCCCUGUCAGAACAAUAGCAGACCAUAAAGGAAACUUUAUUGAUUUGGGAUGUGAUGGGUAUUGUUGAGUGUCUCAGGUCAAGGCAAUUCAGCUGCAAAGACCAAAUGAUUUUGGAGAUUGACCUUCGUGACUGAUCUUAGGCACUGAAUUACAGAAAGCUUUGCCAAAAUAAGAGAGCUGUCUUACGGACCAGUUAAGUUUUGGAAGAACUGUUGCCUGAUUCGUGAAAGCUGGUGGCUCACUUGGAAAAGUGCCACUUAACUUUUAUGCUCCAGAAAUUGGAAGGUCUGUUCAUAUCCUCUGUAAUAUUAUCUCUUUGCCUGUUGGCCAAAAGCUUUUCAAGUCAUCAAGGAAUGAUGGAAAAUUACUAAUGAAACAGCUCAUUACACUGUAACCAUUAAUUAGGUCAUUAAUCUCACCAACAACUACCUGUAAAGGAAAGUUUAAGUUAUCGUCCAAGCAUUGAUUGGAAUCAAAAUGCCCAUAUUAUUAUCAUUUCCACUCUCAUUUUUAAAUGUCCUCUUAGAAACUUCAUCAGGUCAUACAUAUUUUUGGGGGGAGAUCUUUCUAAAGAUGUAGGGAGAUCAUAGAAAAAAUAUCCUACCAAAUCAAAAAGGAUCAUGAGCUACCAGUAUCUCUCCCCAUACCCUGCCUCCCAAUUGUACAAUGCAAUAUUCUGUUAGAUCACCACCAGGCCUGCUGUAGACUCUUAGAGUCUCCAUUUUUCUUGUGGUUUCUGAGAGGCAAUUUGGUCAAAGCCCCCUGCAACUCAUUCCAGCGGCUUUCUUUUGAUAAUCUUUCUUAGCUAUUGGGGCAUUCACUUACAUUGAUGGAUACAGUAGGCCUCAGGGGAAGUAGAUCCUGGAUAGACUUUUUUCCAUUUGGUGUAUUUCAACUUCUGGUGGAAAAACCCUCAUCUGUCCAGGAUGAGUUGGCCUGUAUGAUGGCUAGUAUAUGUAUAUAUUUUCGAGAUCCUCUCUAAUAAUGCAGGAGUAGUUCAGACGAAUGUGAAAAGUCAUUGUUUAGUUCUUACGCUCAUCUACACCACCACACACAUACCUGCCUUCUGCUUUCUCCUAUUUGGAGGUUGGUUCAGUAGCACAACGGGGCACUUCCAUACCUUGUUCUGUCAUCCCAACUGGUUUGUGGAGUAUUUGGUAGGAGCACUUUGGAGAACCUGUGUGCCAAAAUUCAGCUUUCAGUGUUGUAGAAUUACUCCCCUGGGACAUGAAACUCUGCUAUCAAAAGAUGCUCAAGUAUCUUUUGUGAUAUAGUGUGUGCAUAGUAUGGUUGUUUGAGUAAUAGAGUAGGUAUAGCUUCCCCCAGUUAUUCCAAGUAAUGACUUAGCCAUUUGGAUCAGAUAUUCUGCCCUGCAAUUUCACCCACCCACCCCCUAUUUUGUCAUGCAGCAUUGCUUCUGCUCUCUGGCCUCCCUCCCUUUUCCUGCCCCCCCCCCAAAUAUCCCUGCCCUCCCCCGAAACCCAUUUGUAGCUGUCUGGUUAAUCUCAUCUGCUUUAGCAUCAUGCAAUUUUCUCAUCUGUAGGGAAUGAAGGAAGAGCAAGAGUCAUUAAUUUCUGGUUGAUUAAAGAAAUUAAGGAAUUAAUCAGUGUCAGUCUGCUUCAUUUCAUAAGUGGGGGAGGGAGGAGGAAGUUUCCAGCUGCUCCUCAUUUCUCUGCUUAAGAGAAAAGAAAAUCAAGCAGGGGCAUCAGAAGUAUGAAGCCCACCACAGCAGCUUAGGCUCUCCAGAGAGAAUCUUGUGUGAUCUCAUAGAUGGGCAAGUAGGAGUGAUUUCCAAUUGUCUUAAUAGGAACCAUUUAAAAAUCUCUGUCUUCCUCUUUGUAAAUUACACUGCUGAGAAAGAACACUUGAGCAAUGGAACUUCUGUUUCUAGGAACAGAGAAUUUAGCUCUAAUUUUAAACCUGAUCUCAAGGAACUAAAUCCUUUAUCUCUUGUCCAGUUGUAAUUUUGAGCUGUAACUGGUACACCUAAAUAAUCCAUCAAAACAGAGUCAAUCUAGAAGUCUGUCCUUCCCGGAGAAUUUAACUGGAGGUGGGUGGGUGGGAUGGAGAUUCCUUACUUAAACCCUAACAAUUUGGUUUAGAAGAGAGCGGUCCUGAUUCCAGAAUGGGCCUGGUUCAUGCUUAAUUCAAGCAUUACCUUUAAAGGUUUGGAGGAAAGAAUGUCACCUACACUCUUGUGGGAGUUAUUACUAGGGAAACAUUGUAUGGUUAGUUCCUGAAAGGCUGCUAUAUUGAAGAAUAUAUAUGAAUAAUAGCAUAUUAUAUAAAAUUGUAUACUAUGAUUGUAUAUUAUAAAUGUAUAAUAGCAAUAUAUAAGAGUAAUGAUAUUAAUAAUGGUAUAUUGCAUCCUGACAGGAACAGCUUAUCUGAGAUGGUCUGUUCCAUCCAAAUCAAUGCACCACUCACCCGAUUGGUUGGUUCUUUAUUUAACCUUCAAGUCAGUGCUGACUUCUAGACUAACCCGUGCAACUUUCUUGGCAAGAUUUUUGGAAGUGUUUCCCCUCGGCUUGUUCCUAGGACUGAGCAAGAGGGGGUUCCCCUCUUCAGAGGAUGGGUCCACUUUUGGGGGAGAGGAUGAUCACCCAAGUGUUAAUCCAUGAUUGCUCCAGGAAUUGACCAACUGGCCUGACAUCAUGGUCUGAGAGAAUGACUGGCCCAAAGUCACCCAGCUGGCUUUCAUACAUAGAUAUGAAGAGAACUCACAGUCUCCUGGUUUCUAGUCUGAUGAUUUAACUGCUGGACCAAACCUAGAGCUGAGCAAGAGUGACUGGCUCAAAGUCAUUUUAAUUUUUAAUCAUUGUUGUGUCUUGUGUUUUUAAAUUGGCUGUACACCGCCCUGAGUCCUUCGGGAGAAGGGCGGUAUAGAAAUAAAAUUAUUAUUAUUAUUAUUAUUAUUAUUAUUAUUAUUGUUAUUGUUAUUGUUAUUGUUAUUAUUCAGUUGGAUUUGUAUCUAAAAUGGGACUAGACCUCAUAUUCUCCCAGUUUCUAGCCUGGGUCCUUAACUGGCUCUUAGUAUAACCAUUGGGAGCAAGUAAAUCUUAAAUAAAAAAGGAAGAUUUUGGGCACACUCUAGCCCAAGAAUCCAUUAUCUUUAGAUAUUCAUUUCUAUGGAUUCUUGGGCUACCGUGUGCCCCAAAUCUUCCCUUUUCUUUAAGAUUUACUUGCUCCCAAUAGUUGUACAGCCCCUUUCUAAUUUCAGCAGUGUUCAAUUGCUGAACAUCUGAACAACAGUUGGACAUCAAAUUCUGGGAUUCAAGAACAGCCAUUCAACAAGUACCUGUAGAUGGAUUAAAAAACAUCCCUUGCUUCCGGGUAGGCAUAUACAAUUUAUAAGGACCGAUGCACCAGUAGAGGAUCAAUGGGAGAGGUCAAAACAAAAUUGGUGGCAGUUUUCUGUGUGGUCUCAUAAAUAGCGUAUCCCAUCUGGAAAGGGUCUAUUCCAGUGGUUCUCAACCUGUGGGUCGGGGCCCCUUUGGGGGUCGAACAACCCUUUCACAGGGGUCGCCUAAGACCUUUGGAAAACACAUAUCUUCAAUGGUUUUAGGAAUAAUUUUAUGGUUGGGGGCCACCACAACAUGAGGAACUGUAUUAAAGGGUCGCAGCAUUAGGAAGGUUGAGACCCACUGGUCUAUUCCCUCUGGAAAGGGCCCAGAGCAGCAAAAGGGUUAGGGAUUGGGUAAAAAAAAAAAAAGUCUUUUUUUUAAAAAAAAAGGUACAGUACUUUUACUAUAUUAUCUAAUGAAAUACAAAGGGAAAGAAGAUCUAUAUCAUAAAUAUUAUGAAAAAAACUUUCUAGUUACAUGUUCUUCUCUUCUCAGCCAUUUAUUUCCUCAACUGCUGACCACAAACUAGAUAUUUAAACUGUACAUUAAAUAUUAAAGAUCGCCUGCUGGUAUCCGUUGAAAUCCUUUCAUCUAUUAGUCUUUGAUUGGUCUCAUCUUUUUUCCUAAAACACAUAUUCUAAACGUCCAAAUUUGCCCUGCUUUAUAGAUAUACUGGGUAUUAUCAGUUUUGCAAUUCCCGCAUUUUUUCCAAUUUUGGUUUCUCAAUCUGAUAUCAUCAGCAAAGCUCACCUGUUCCAAUGUUGUAACUGAUUUGUUCUCCUAACUGUCAACAUGUAUCUUAGUAAAUUGUGAUAUUUUUAUUUAUAUUUUCAGGAAUUAUGCUUAAUAAGAAUAAAUGUGGCUUCAGCACAAAUUUUGUUUUAGGAUUUUCUGAAUAUGUUGAUGUAGUUCACUGUUAAUAGUUUUGUGGGGUUUUUUUGUACAUAGCCAUUACAUGUGAUCCUUCUUUGUUAUGACAUUUCCAACAUUUAUUGUUAUAUGAUUUGCCUAUCUUGGUAAUUAUUCACAGGGUUAUGUACCAUCUGUAAAAUAUUUUACACUGAUUUUCUCUUAAAUUAUAACUUGGAGUAAAUUGUAUUAAUUUCCCCGCCCCCGACUCUUCUAAUUGUUGUACUGUGACUGAUGAUAUGCAUUCACUUUAUCAUACAAUUUUUAUUUGUUACAUCUUCAUGUCAUAUUUCAAUUACAAUUUAUAUGGGUAUCCUAAUAGAUGAUCUUGAUUUUGUGUAAGUUUUUGAAACUCUGUCAUUCUCAAAGUUCCUCCUUUCUUGAGAUCAUUUAUUAUCUUCUAACAUUUUGUAAGUAUAUUAGUCAUAAUAAAUUCCUACCUUCAUUAAGCAGUU